AUGGCGCCAUCACAGGGCCUUCACGGCGACGAGGUCGAUUUCGAGAACACGUGGGCUACCAUCGAGGCCGCCUUUAGGGAGAUACACACCAAGAACGCGUCCAAGCUAUCGUACGAGGAGCUGUAUCGCCACGCGUACCGUAUCGUUUUGAAAAAGAAGGGCGAAAACCUUUACAACAAAGUGCACGAAUUUGAGCGCAGCUGGCUGAGCAGCGAGGUUCGCGCCUCGAUCCAGCAACUACUGUCACCAAACCUUCUUGUCAACACACAGGGUGUAGGCGGCACUACGGCCAAUGAGCGACGUGUUGCAGGCGAGAAGUUUCUAAAGGGACUGAGGCAGGCAUGGGGCGAUCACCAAAUCUGCACGAGCAUGCUGGCAGACGUCCUCAUGUACAUGGAUCGUGUUUAUUGUGCAGACCAUAGACGGCCAUCAAUAUACAACGCCGCCAUGGUCCUGUUUCGCGACGAGAUUCUGGAAUCGAGAAUCUCCGUGACCGACGUUCGAACCAUUCUUCAGCUGCUGAACCACACCAUCCUGGACCAGAUCCAGAUGGAACGCGACGGCGAUGUCAUUGACAAACAACUCAUCAAGUCCUGUGUUUGGAUGUUGGAAGGGCUGCAUGAGGGUGACGUGGAAGCAGAAGAACAGCGGCUGUACAACACGUCUUUCGAGAAAGAGUACCUCGACACGAGUAGGCUCAUCUACCGUCAAGAAUCGGAGCUCCUCUUGCGCGACUCCCAAGCUGGCGCAUACUGCAAACACACGCGACGCCGAAUUUAUGAAGAAGACGAGCGUUGUAAGCAAACACUACUGGAGAGCACUGGGCCUAAGAUACAAAAGGUAGUAGAGGACGAGAUGAUCAAGAACCGCAUCCACGAACUUAUCGACAUGGAUAGCGGCGUCCGCUUCAUGAUCGACAACCACAUGGUGGAAGAGCUCCAGCUGAUCUACGACUUGAACGCUCGUGUAGACGACAGGAAGAUGGAGCUUACCCGAGCGAUACAACAACGCAUCGUUGAAAUGGGUUCAGACAUCAACAAGGACGCCAUCGCAGCAUCGCAGGCGCCUGUCACAGCACCAACUUCUGACCCUGCUGACAAGGGCAAAGCCCCUGCGCAGGAGAAGAACUUGAACGCACAGACAGUCGCCGCCAUCAAGUGGGUUGAGGAUGUACUUUUGUUGAAGGACAAAUUUGACAAGAUCUGGCAAUUGUCUUUCCUCGGCGAUCCACUGUUGCAGCAGGCGCAGACACAGAGCUUUACCGACUUCAUCAACUCACCAUUGUUCCCGCGAUCAUCCGAGUACAUCUCUCUCUUCAUUGAUGAAAACAUGAAGAAGGGAAUCAAGGGCAAAACGGAGACAGAGAUUGAUGCUGUCCUGGAAAAGGCCAUCGUCUUACUCCGAUAUGUCCAAGACAAGGACCUCUUGCAGCGCUAUUACAAGAAGCAUCUUUGCCGUCGCUUGUUAAUGAACAAGUCGAUCAGCAACGAGGUAGAGAAGCAGAUGAUUUCUAAGAUGAAGAUCGAGCUUGGGAAUAACUUCACGCUGAAGCUGGAGGCCAUGUUCAAGGACAUGACUCUUUCAGAAGAGUUCACAGCUGGUUACAAGAAACAUGUCGAGGGCCUGGGUGAGAAAGAUCCAAAUCGUAUUGAGCUAUCCAUCAACGUGCUCACCAGUGGGACAUGGCCCCUCGAGACCAUGGGUGGAGUGGCCGCCGGCAAGGAAGAUAAGCGACCAGAAUGCAUCUACCCUGCUGCCGUGGAGAAACUGAAGAGCGGGUUCAAGAAUUUUUACGACAAACGGCACACGGGACGACAGCUUCGCUGGCUCGCCAACAUGGGUUCCGCCGAUAUCAAGGCCGUAUUCCCCAAGGUGCCGCAAAAGGACGGAUCGUUCAAGGAGCGCCGUCAUGAUCUCAACGUUUCAACGUACGGCAUGAUCAUUCUUCUUCUAUUCAACGACGUCGGUGAAGGUGAACACCUGACUUUCGAGGAGAUCCAAGCCCGGACCAAGAUCCCGCCCACUGAUCUCAUCAGGAAUCUGCAGUCGCUCGCUGUGGCGCCCAAGACGCGUAUAUUGAUAAAAGAGCCCAUGUCCAAGGAUGUGAAGCCCAGCGACCGCUUCUUUUUCAAUGAGGGCUUCCAGGGCAAAUUCAUCAAGAUCAAGGUUGGUGUCGUUAGUGGCGGCAAUAAAGUUGAGAGCGAUCGUGAGCGACGAGAGACGGAGAAGAAGAACGAUGACUCGCGAUGCUUCUGUAUUGAGGCAGCAAUUGUGCGAAUCAUGAAGCAACGCAAACAACUAUCGCACCAACAGCUCAUGUCGGAAACCAUCACUCAACUCGCCGGACAGUUCAAGCCCGAGGUGGCCAUGGUCAAGAAGCGUAUUGAAUCGCUUCUUGAGCGCGAAUACAUUGAGCGCAUUGAGCGCACCGAAACUGAACAGACGGAUUCAUACCGAUACCUAGCGUAG